GUCACCUUCCUGGCUUCCUUUUUAUCGCAGCUCGCCAUUCAUAGCCACUCGUAUAGAACAAAUCUCAACGUCAUUCUUCUUUCCAUUUCUAGGGUUUUCAGUCCUGUUUUAUCGAUCUCUGUAUACUUAUUUGUUACCAGACUUUUCCCGGUGUCUACAUAUUCCAGUGCUUUGUUUUCUAGGUAUUUUCUCCCCAAACUGCAAUGGGGGAUAAGGAGAAGCAGGAGAGAGAUUCGGAGUUUUUGUUUGUCAUUGAGGAUGACGGUGGUGAUGAUGUAGUGAACAGGAUUGAGAGUAGUAGCGGUGAUGAAGAGGUUGCUGAUGGCGACGAAGGUUAUACUUCACCUUCUGUCGUUUUCUCUUCGCAGCAAUGGCCGCAGAGUUACAGAGAGACAACUGAUUCCUACACAAUCGCUGCAUCACCAAAUUUUGGAAUUCUUGGAUCUUCACUUGGUCUUAGGCGUUCAAGUCUUGACAUCUUUAGCAAGAGUAAUUUGGACUUGGAUGGAAAAACUCCUUUGCUGACUGAACAAGAAAAAAAUUAUCAAAAAGAAGACACAGAUAGGAUCUCAAGGACACAGUUAUCAUUGUCAGAGAAGGCUUCCUUUCAUGAACAACUUAGUGGAGAACUGCCCAUUAGUUAUGGAUGUAGCUUCACUCAGACUGUCUUCAAUGGGGUAAAUGUACUGGCUGGAAUUGGACUUCUAUCAACACCUUAUGCCGUAAAAGAGGCUGGAUGGGCAAGUUUGGCUGUUCUGGUUCUUUUUGCAGUUGUGUGUUGUUAUACAGCCUCUCUCUUGAGAUACUGCCUUGAGAGCAAAGAAGGCAUCAUCACCUAUCCUGACAUUGGGGAAGCUGCAUUUGGAAGAUAUGGACGUCUUUUUGUUUCUUUUGUUUUAUACACAGAAUUAUAUUCAUACUGUGUGGAAUUUAUUAUUUUGGAGGGGGAUAAUCUGACCAGGCUAUUUCCUGGAGCAUCCUUGAAUUGGGGUGGUUUUCAGCUCGACUCUUUGCACUUCUUCGGGAUUUUAACUGCCCUUAUUGUUCUACCAACUGUUUGGUUGAGGGAUCUCCGGGUGAUUUCAUGCCUUUCAGCUGGUGGGGUCCUUGCAACAGUGUUGAUAGUUGUUUCUGUGAUUUUUGUUGGUAUAACAGCUGGAAUUGGGUUCCAUCAAACUGGUAAAUUGGUGAACUGGGGUGGUAUUCCAUUCUCUAUUGGUGUAUAUGGAUUUUGCUUUUCUGGGCAUACUGUGUUUCCAAAUAUCUACCAAUCAAUGGCUGAUAAAACAAAAUUUAGCAAGGCAUUGAUAGUAAGUGUUCUUUUGUGUGUGAUAAUAUAUGGAGGUAUUGCAAUUGUUGGAUUCCUGAUGUUUGGCCAAGGUACAUUGUCCCAGAUUACCCUGAAUAUUCCAAGGCACGUCUUUGCUUCCAAAAUUGCAUUAUGGACAACAGUCAUCAACCCAUUCACUAAAUAUGCGUUAUUGAUGAACCCAUUGGCAAGAAGUAUAGAGGAGCUGCUCCCAGUCAGAAUUUCAAAUAGUUUCUGGUGUUUUAUUCUUCUAAGAACAGCACUGGUCAUUUCUUCCGUCUGUGUUGCUUUUCUUCUUCCCUUUUUUGGUCUUGUGAUGUCUUUAAUCGGUUCUCUUCUCAGUGUACUAGUGUCUGUGAUAAUUCCGACUUUAUGUUACCUACGAAUUAUGGGGAAGAAGGCAACAAAAGCACAGGUUAUAGUGAGCAGUGGAGUUGCUGCUUUGGGCGUCAUUUGUGCAAUCCUGGGAACGUAUUCAUCGCUAUCACAAAUCGCGAGGCAGUACUAAGAUACUCUUUCCAUUUCCAUCAUGCACCCAAUUAGAGAACGGAGUGGUUGAAGAGAACAGAGUGAUUGAAGAGGACAGAGUGAGUAAACCUCUUAGAAAAUGUUUCUUUAUAUUUGGGUAACAGUACACUGACUUGUGUAAGUGUAACUACGUAACGAAAUUUUACAAGUUUCUCUACUUAUAUAUAAACUGUUAUAACAAAAUAAAUCAAAUGAACAAAGUGCUGAAGCUAUAUUCUAACA